UCACUUCUCUUCUGUUGAGUGACAGUUCAAUUAAUAAACAAAUUGAAUGCUGGAUUAAAAAAAUAUUUUGUGUUUGUUCUAUUAAAUAUUUUAUUUAAACAAAAUAUUUUAAAACAUGUCGAUUGAAAUUGAAUCAGCUGAUGUUAUUCGUUUGAUCCAACAAUACUUAAAGGAAUCAAAUCUUUGCAAGACUUUACAAACUCUUCAGGAAGAGACGGCAGUUUCUUUAAACACUGUCGACAGUGUAGAUGGAUUUAUACAAGAUAUUCAGAAUGGACAUUGGGACACUGUCCUCAAAGUAAUACAAUCACUCAAAUUGCCUGAUAAAAAACUCUUGAAUUUGUACGAACAAAUCAUUCUUGAGUUGAUUGAAUUACGAGAAUUGGGAGCAGCUCGUUCAUUGCUUCGUCAAACUGAUCCAAUGAUUAUGCUCAAACAACAAGAACCCGAGCGAUAUAUUCAUUUAGAAAACAUGUUGCAAAGGGCAUAUUUUGAUCCAAGAGAGGCUUACUCCGAUGGAAGCAGUAAAGAGAAGCGCCGAGCAGUUAUUGCCCAAGAGCUAAGUGGCGAAGUGCAUGUAGUACCUUCAUCACGUUUGUUGGCAUUACUCGGGCAAGCACUUAAAUGGCAACAACAUCAAGGGCUCCUUCCUCCCGGAACAACAAUCGAUUUGUUCCGUGGCAAAGCGGCAAUGAAAGACCAAGAAGAAGAAAUGUAUCCAACCCAAAUGGCAAGGCAAAUCAAAUUUGGUCAAAAAUCUCACGUUGAGUGUGCCCAAUUCUCCGUCGAUGGUCAAUAUUUGAUCACUGGCAGUGUUGAUGGUUUUAUUGAGGUUUGGAACUUUACAACUGGAAAAAUAAGAAAAGAUUUGAAAUAUCAAGCUCAAGAUCAAUUCAUGAUGAUGGAACAUCCUAUUUUGGCACUAUCAUUCUCCAGAGAUUCUGAAAUGGUAGCAUCUGGCUCACAAGAAGGACAAAUCAAAGUGUGGCGCAUCACAACUGGUCAAUGUUUGCGGAAAUUUGAAAAGGCGCACGUUAAAGGAAUCACCUGUCUGCAAUUUUCACGUGACAACAGUCAAGUAUUGAGUGCUUCCUUUGAUAAUACUAUACGAUUGCAUGGACUCAAGUCAGGGAAGCUUCUGAAAGAGUUUAAAGGCCAUCAGUCGUUUGUAAACGAGGUCACAUUUACUCCAGAUGGUCAUAGUCUGUUGAGUGCAUCUUCUGAUGGUACUGUAAAAAUCUGGUCACUCAAAACUACUGAAUGUCUCUCAACUUACAAACCUCUUGGAAACGAGUUGGCGGUGAAUACUGUUCUUUUGUUGCCGAAAAAUCCAGAGCAUUUUAUUGUUUGCAAUAGAUCAAAUACUGUAGUUAUUAUGAACAUGCAGGGACAAAUUGUCAGAUCAUUUUCUUCGGGUAAGCGUGAAGGUGGUUCGUUCAUUUCGGCAACCCUAUCGCCAAGAGGAGAAUUUAUCUAUUGUGCUGGAGAAGAUAAAGUGCUGUAUUGUUUUUCUGUUUCUUCUGGCAAACUUGAAAGGACCCUCAAUGUUCACGAAAAAGAUGUCAUUGGACUAGCUCAUCAUCCUCAUCAAAAUUUGCUAGCGACAUAUGGAGAAGAUGGUCUUCUUAAAUUAUGGAAGCCUUAAGUAAACACAAUUCUUAGAGAGUACACAACCAGAUUUUAAUAAAUAACACGAACUAGAUUUUGCAAGACAGUUUGCUUAACCCUUGUGAGUUUUAAGAUACAUAAUUCAAAAAUAAAAAAAAAACAAUCCUUCAUUUUGAACAUUUAAACACUAUUUCGGUAUUUGA